AUGAAGCUGCUAAUCUUCGCCUGUUUACUUGGUCUGGCUUUUGGCCACGAGGUGUACUACUAUACCCCGACUUAUGGGUAUUACCCCGGCACUUUUGCCAGGACAUCGCCUGUUCUACCCUUGGCCUAUUCCCGAUUGAUUGCCCCGGCAGCCGCCGAAUCGCAUCUUUAUCACAGCGUUGAGACACCCAAUUCAUUCCAGCAGCAAUAUCGCAGCGAAUACAAGCCCCUGACCUAUGAGUAUCUCUACUAA